CGUCGACCCACGCUUUCCGCAUGGAGAUUCUCCGCGUCCUCUCGUCCCGCGCUGGGUUCGCUGUCGCGGUGCGGCGCGCGUCGCAUGGCUCGCACGGUUGGUGGUCGGCACACGGGGCGUUCCCCGAUACCGGCGAUCCCCGUGCGGUUGCAGGUGCGGAUCAUGCCAAAUCGCACGCGCAAUCAUGGCAUUGCCAUUGCACUUGCUCAUACGUAAGGGUUCACUACGUAAGCGAAUCGAUCCGGGGACAGGAGACCAUGCCAUCCUGUUUCGUCCGCUCCAACCACGUGCAUUGUGGCGGAAUAUUUCGAUUAGAUCAUUGGUAGAUGUUACCUUACCUAGAAUGAUUUCUUGAUUUGUUUCUUUUUUUUGGGGGGGGGGGGGGGAUGCAAGGGUUUUCAUUGGCGACCCAUUUUUUGGGGAUGCAAAGGUUUUCAUUGGCGACCCAUUUUCAUUUUUGAAGCUGCAGAGAACAUGCAACACUGUUGUAGUUGUAGGCACUAUCUUUAGCUAGUUGGUGAAGAGGGUUGGGAAAACAAGCAGGGAUGUUGAUUCAAGGGAUGAGACAAAUUUCAUCCCAAUCUUCAGGAAAAUAAAGCUAAGUUUUUUUCCUAGAACAUGGUCUACAUGAUGUCUCCUCUCUAAUAUCUUAUAAUGACAUAAUCCUAUUUAUAGUCUUGAGUCACGAGUCAUGGCCACGUCAAGCAGGGACAAUCAGAUGAUUGGAUUUGACUUUGGAGUAUGACUGAUUUGGACCUUAGCUUGCUAAGCAUGUUAGCAGGAAUCUACCCUGCCAGCAACUCCCUACUCCUUUUGUUUUCAGUUGUUACGCAGCUAGAUUAUGCAAGUGAUUGUGACAAUAAUGUUCCUUUUUUUUACCUCCCAUUUUCAAACUUCACUUUGUUUCUGCUUCUUCAUAGCCGUUGAAAAUUUGUCAGCCAUCUUGCUAUGAUCAUCAUUCAGUAAUGGCCUAGUCUGCUACUCUGCUGAAAGGGAAAUCAAGCUGACCAUGCAUUGCCGCACUAGAUUGUGAUGUGCUGCUUGCAUACUCAAACCUGAUAUUUUUUUGUGCUCAAUCGCUAGGAUAAAAGAUAAGUAUUCACCAGAGUGGGCCCUUGUACUUAAAUGUAGACAAUCACAAUUGUACAAAUUGCUAUUUACCUAGGGGAGAAAUAUGUUGUCCUCUACUGCUGCUUUGUAAUCCGUUUUUACUUCUUGGACCUGAUGCUGCCAUGCUGGAAUCUUUACCAGGCUCUCCCUGAAGUUUCAAAUUCGUAUUAUUUUACCCACCAUUAGCUCAUUUACGCUGCACCUUGUCACUCGUGGGGCCAUGCGUAAACUUUUGCUCCCCCUCACAAAGAAAAUUUGUGCAGACAGAACAAGUGAAGGCUGAUGCAGUUGUUAGUGACUUGAUGAGGUAACCAAUGAAACAGCAAUACAAAAAAAAAUAGCAUAGGCCUUAACAUGUGCCAAUCUGAAAGUGCCUUUUAUUUUGCAUAGAGGAAGACUGACUUCUUGACCAAGAACUAUGUUUUUUUUUUUAUUUUCGAUGAAGGCACCACGUAAGGUGACUACAUUAUUUUAACCUAGUUGCCAAAUUGCUGGCAUUGUGACCUUCUCCUUGCACCUGUUUCAUAUAAAGUAUAAACCAAAAAGUACUGUGCAGUGUGAGUGUGUUCAUCUGUGUUUGACUUGCCACUUGUUGAUACAUUUUUCAAUAGUUCAUUAUUGUGUAACUUAUUAUGUAUUAAGAAUGAUGAUACUUUAAGGUACCUUAAAGCCUUGCUGGUGAUAAGGAGACCAAACUGAGUUGAUCAUGCCGAACACAAGACAACAGGCUGUUAUGGUGCUGUUGUCUUCUGCUAUUGCUAGAGAAUGCUUCUCCCAACAACUGAAGGCAUUUUAUUGGGGGCAAUUCCUACUCCCACUUAGUUAAUCUGAUUGCAGUCCUGAAAAUGCUGACAAGUUUAGUUUAUAUGCACAAACUCUCGUCUCACCUGUUGUAACGAUCAUUCAUUCUUGACAUGUUUUUUUUCUCGAACGCGCAGGAGAACUGCGCAUCAAUAUAUUAAGAAGAAAAAGGAGGGUAAGAUCCCCCAAAACAAAAAGCUACAAGGUUAGAGGGCCUGCAGCGCGCCCUGAACACACUAAAAGACUGUUUCUUUCCAUUCUUGACAUGUGAUGACCAUGCAUGAUAUCCUCCACUUAUGACUAGGAGUCUGGGAUUCUAGGGGCAAAAAUGAAUAUGUUAUAUAAGUUUUUUUUUGCAGUAAGCGGACUCCAUCAAUAUCUGCACAAAUCACCAUGAUGAUUUGACUAUUAUCAACUUAAAUGCUUUCUUCUUUUGCCAGUUUCAUCACUUGCUAGCUAUGAUUCAGAUGAUAUUGAGGUGGUCCACCUGCCGGCUCAGUUCAUCUGAUGUCAGUGACAGAAAACAUGUUCAAUGAGCAUGGUCAGUUAUUAAUAUCCCAACUCUAUAGUUGACUAAACCGUAGAGUCAUUUCUAUCAGUUUCAUGGAAUUAAUUAUAAUUCAAUAUGGCAAAACCUUGGUCCCUAUGAAAUUUAAUGCUCUAGAAAUACAUACAUUUGGGAUCAGAUUAAUGACUUUUUCUUUCUGACAAAACCUUUAGACUAUUAUGGUUUUAUAUGUUUGGCCUUGAAGGUAGUCGUGUGAUUAUGUCCUGUGAUUAUCUUAAAGUGUCAUAUCAAUUCAGAAUUUAUUAUUUUCUUCCUUUUUUUUGGAAAAAAAACUUUUUCCUUUUCACUGCCUAGGAUUGUUCAAUUAUAUUCUGAAAUACUUUUUUUGUUGAACAUGAGAAGGAGAGUACUAAUGAAUUCAGAAUGCAGAGUUAAUCUUUUAUGAUGUGCUGGUGGCACCAGAUUAACUUGUCAUUUUGUACCAGACACAGUUUGGAGCAAUGCAGGACCAAUUCUUUACUUCCUUUUGAAAGGGGGAAAAAAACAAGAAUCAUUAAUGCCAAUCAGCCUAAAGCUGUGCAUCGUUGUACUCCAUCCACAAGCUACUGCCAUUUCUGAUAUUUGGAACUGGUCAUGUUCCUUGCCAUUUUAAGUCAAGGACAAAACUUCAUAAGUUCAGAAUAAUAGCAAGAGGCAACUUGGAGCCAAGAAGCCUAUUUGGCCUGCACUUAUUUUUUGGUGUAAGUUCCACUUCACAACAACUACUCCUUGAGACAGUCAUCAUUGUCCUUGUCCAGUUCCGCUGUAGCGGCGACAUCUGAUAACUAUUUAUAUUUUGUGAGAAAAUGACUAUUUUGACUACGUUCAGAAUAUGCCAACAGUUAACUAUUGAAGCAUCAUCCUACAAUAACAGCACUAUAUGAUAUCUUGAUAGAUAUAAAAUAAAUAUGCGUCUAUUGAAACAAGUUGGUGUCAUGAACUCAUUGGACACUGGUAAUAAUUGAACACCACUAUGGGAUAUGAUAACUGUGUUUCGGCUGGUAAUAUACAUUUUUUUUGUUAUCAGAACCAUCUUAUAUAAAGUUCAAGUUUUAUACCCUUUUUAUGGAUUAGUUUAAAUGAACUGUAUAUGCACUGUCGAGCUCAUAGCGUGGAGCUAUUUCUUGAGCACAAAGUUGAGAUUUGAACAUAAACUCUGUGUCUAUGUUUGCAGUUUGGCUUUUUCCUUUUUAAUUGUAAUUUCUACAUGACUCAUAAUGUGAUCAAUAGAAAGUAGAAACUCAACACACAAAUUUCUUAUUCAUAUAGUAGUCGAGUCCAGCAAAAUACUAUAUGGCUCGAUGCUGACACGUGGCAAGAAGCAUUACAGGAAUAUGCCCUCAGCGUGCUCUGAGUUCCAUCUACUUCUAUGUGACAGGCCAACAAAGUGACGCUGCACAGUGUCUCUUAUUUUAAUAUGUAUACUCUGAAGUUGGUACUUGGUAGAGAGCCCCAUAAAGAGCCAAAAACCUUUGGUCAGAUCCAUGUUGCACCAGAGCUCCAAGUUUAAGACAGUUUACCUUGCAUUAGCAUCAAGGUCCACAUCCUAUUCUCUCUUUUCCCCAAUGUUGUAUCCACCCUUUGUCUCCUCAUUCUGUAUAUAAGUGAUACUAGAGCAUAUGGAUCAAAGCAGCUCUUAUGGUAGACAGUAGGUAAAUGGAAACCAUGUCAUAUCCUUGUUCUCCCCUUCUCUCCUUUCCUAUACACGAAGAGAGUAGUUAUUCUCUAUGGUCUCCUCAGCUAGCCCACCAUGAGAAUUCCUCUAUCGAUUCUAGCAAUACACAUGGCCAUGAGAAUUCCUCAGCUUUCCCUUAUUUUCGAGAAGACUGCGAGUUCUUUGACACCACUGCCAUAGAUUCUAGCGAUACACAUGGCCAAAAUGCUUUUCAUGUUGAUGUGUUCACCCAUUGUCCUGAGAGGCUUCUGCAGAAAGAGAGUGGUAACUUGGUGACUAUCCAAGAGGAGCUCAUGGAGGAGAACAGUCUAAGUGAUCUCCUUCUCACUGGAGCAGAGGCUGUCGAGGCUGGGGAUUCAAGCCUUGCCUCGGUAGUGUUCUCAAAACUUGACGAGAUUCUGCCUGUGACCUUUGAGAAUGCAGCAGCCAGCUCUUUUGAUCGGCUGGCCUACCAUUUUUUCCAAGGUCUGCAGUCCCGGAUGUCUGGUGCAUCCUUUCCAUGCUACCCGCCAGAACCAGAGCAGUCUGGUACCAUGUCUGUGCACCAGAUGAUACAAGAGCUGUCGCCAUUUGUUAAAUUCACGCACUUCACCGCCAAUCAGGCCAUUCUAGAUGCCACCUCAGGUGACACGGAUGUUCAUAUCAUUGACUUCAACCUCAGUGAGGGCAUCCAGUGGUCAUCACUCAUGUCAGACCUUGCUCGCCAAGGUGGCAAGUCGUUCCACCUUACAGCAAUCUUAGUGGAUCCUGAUGACAGUAACAACACUCACCACACAGCUGCACGGUGUCUUGCAGAGUUCGCUGAAUCCUUAAACCUCCCCUUCCAGUACAGCUCUCUUUGCAUGCACAACAAGGAGGACAUGGAGGACUUUUCCAGGAACCGUGAAGGCUCAAUGGUUGUCUCAUGUGACACAACGAAUUUGUGUUACAAGUCGUGGAGCAAAUUACAGAUGCUACUACUUAGCUGUGUCAAGAAUUUACAGCCUAAGUUAGUGGUCAUCAUAGAAGAAGAGCUGGUCAAAAUUGGAAAAGAGGUUUCUAUACCUCACUCUUCGUUUGUGGAGUUCUUCUUUGAGGCAUUGCACCAUUUCACCAUGGUGUUUGAGUCCCUGGCGAGUUGUUUCAGCACUAGUAACAAUAGUGUCUGCCUUAGGCUUGUGGAGAGGGAUAUGGUGGGGCCAAAGAUACAGGACUUUGUGGGGCAGUACAGGUCUGUGGCACUUGGGGCUCCUCCUCCAAAGGAUUUGGAAGGGUUUAUGUCCAGUGACCUGAGUACCCGUAAUAUUGCUCAGGCCAGGAUGCUGGUUGGGUUGUUCAAUAGGAGCUUCGGGGUCACGCAUGAGAAGGGCAGGCUUCAGUUGUGCUGGAAGUCCAGACCUUUAAUCUCUGUUUCUGUUUGGACUCCUGUGUGAAAGGAAAUGAGGAUGUGAUGCUUUUAGGGCUAAAUUUUCUUGUAAGAGUUUGCACUGGAGAUUUUUUGUUGGAAGAUAUCUUGUAGAAUGCAAUUAAAAUGCCAGUCUUUUGCUGUAAGUUUAGAGCUCCCUGAUCUGUGGUUGCAUAAUCUUUUUAGGCUCUUGCAAUGCAACUUUUACACAUGAUAAGUUAGCCGAAUAUUUUAUCCUUCUCUAAGAGGGCGUUUCUUCUGAAUUUUCUCAGUGUUUCAAAUCGCGGGCUAUACCGCCACUUAGCGGCGUCCUUCUCCACUCCAAAAGCUGUAGUAGACAGCUAUAGGGCGGAAGCUAAUCCAACAGUGGUGCCGCCUCGCCAGCCGUGCCUGCUCCGCCACGAGGCACUGCCCGGGAUCAUCUCUCCGCAUGCGCGGGCUCGACGAUGCUGCUGCCCGUGCAAAACUUUCAGAGUUUUGACAUUAUGAUGAUGACUGUCCAUGUCGAAACUUUUCUCUGUAACUGUCAUCUUCAGGCUUCAGAACAGAGAAAGAAGAUGGUCAUCAGUAACUGGAAAGUGCCGAUGGUGGCUAACACUUGUCCUGCAAUGUUAUGUGUAAACUUUCAGAGUCUCGACGCUAUGGUGACUGUCCAUGCUUAAUAAUCUCUGUACUGGCAUUUGCGGGCCAAACUUUGUACGAGCAUCUGCAGCUGAAUUCAAAGUGUACCCUGUGGGGGGCAGUUUCAUUCCAAAGAUCAUAGGUGAAAUUGUGAUCUUU